AUUAUGGCGGCCGCGUCUCUGGAUUACGGCUUCUCGCUUGUCUGGACAUUCGCGAUAGGCCGACACCCACGCAGGCGCCGACAAAGCGUGAUUUAUGUGAUGCUCGACUCAGGCUUGUUCCUAUGGAACGCGAUGACCUCUGAUCUGGCGAACGAAGACAAGCUUCCGGACUUUCUGCGCCUCUGUGCUGAACGUGUCGGUACCACCGGGCAGUCCUACGACCCUAUGAUCCACGACGUCAUCAGCACGCACGAGGCGAUAAUGCACAUACUGAGGAACGAAUACGCGGCCACCUACAUACCUGAGUACAUGAACUACAGCAACGCAGACCUGAGAAGGGCCGUAAAUCGCCACCUGCCUGACCGAUUACAGGAAUGGUCACCGGACAUUUUGGUGUGCCUGCAGCUCGAGCGGUUCUCACGCUUCCUCGACGAGCUACGCAGUCCGGACAAAGCCGCUAGCUUAAAGCUUUACCUGGGCGCGUACCUGGUAUUUAAGAUGAUGACCUUUGCAUCGCGACACUUAACGCACGCUAUGAUGAAAGCAGAAGGCCAGCUUUCCCAAAUGGACCGGUACGUGAGGGCGCAGUGCGCGAACCUGAUCGACACUACCUUGCCCCUGUCUGCCCGGAAGUUCCAGCAGGACAAGAUUGAUAGCGAAUCGCGACUUGCCAUCUUCGACAUCUACGCCCACGUGCUCCGAGCGCUCGUGGACGUCGUCGCCGGCCACGACACCGAUAUCGCCUCCAGUAUAGCCGAAUUUGCACAAACGCUAUCCCUCGGUGCCUUCAACUUGACCAUCAGGCAAGAGCAGCUAGAGGCGCUCUACUCGUUCGUACCUCAGCUAAAAAUCGAAAAACUGCGGUCAUUUCUGGACCUGUACACCACAGCGAUGGACUCUACACUAACGGUGCUUAAGGAUUCCACCAACGUCCACAGGAGGAACCUCGCGCAUGUUCCACACUUGGCAACCAGUCCCGUCUACAGUCUUCUAGUGGCACGCGAGAUAGCGAUCCCGUCGUAUGCGUUAUUGUGGCCUGUGUUCCACCGCGAAUAUCCCGCAGCAGUGAACAUGGGGUUGCUUGGAACUUUGAUCGCUCGAGGUCUGGUGGACAUGGUGUUUUACAUGUUCUUCCAGGAUAAGGACUUCCAGCCCCUGCCUCGGGCUCAGGUGAAGUUUCCACCUGCGCUGCUGGACUUCAUCGAACGCCUUAGGAGAAGUCUUAAAUACAGCCUCAAGAGUUUAAAAAACGGGACAACGUCGAGGAGGGACAUCGAGGAGCUGAUAAAGCAAGUCAUCGUCGGACACCUGGUGAGCAGAGCUCUUGCCAGAGUGUCGUCGCCGAAGCCCACCGAGUACUUCUCAGCGCUGCCCGCAGAACGGCUCUUGUACAUGGCCAUCUGCUUCAGAAACUGCCAAAUGACACCGACAUUGAGGAGCUUCGCCGCCUGCAACGUGGUUGUGCCGCACCUUCGCGGGUUUGCGCGGGCGUUCGGCUGUAACAUUACGUCGGGCUCCGCGUUCUCCUUGGGUGACAUUCCUGAAGCAGCGCCGAAGAACGAGGACGUUGCACGCGGCACUACUGAAUAUGUGACGGUUUAAUACUCCUAUCCGAAGGCCAGAUGGAACAGGAGUUAAAUAUUUAUUGCUUAUUUCACGAUUUCGCUUGUCGAUACAGCGCUUUCAUAUAUUUGCAGCGAGCCUCGCCCCAUUGGUAAAGCCUUUCCCUAUACUGCUAUAGAGACAAACAAGUAAUUUUUAUACAUUACAAGUAAUAAUUUUCUAUCGGAUGAAUAUGUGCAGAAAUGAGGACCACACAGUGCGCGAUGGGGGAACAUGAAGUCGCACGAUGCAAAGUAAAAGGUUCUCAGCGGGCAUGAAGAUGUCUAUUGUGGAACGAAAGGGUCCCAGAGAUGUUGAGUAGAUUCCUACAAGUACUUACUUUCGCGACUCGUACAUAAAAUAAUAUCGUAGCGACAAUGACAUUGCCGCAAAGGACAUUAGCAGUGGGGAACGAUCACAUUUGUGUAUGUGUUUGAGUGCGUACGCGCGCUUUUGUGUAUAUGUGUUCUGUUUGCGCGUGCUGUGUGCGUCAACGCGGUGUUCGUGCGCGUGAGUGCAUAAGAAUAGGCUAAGCGUGUGCUGUACUCACGAUUUGUGCUUGUCUGCACUGUGUACACCUUGUGUCCAUAUUAUACCUCCACCUAUUGGCGGCAGUGGCUAGCCGCGCCAGGCACGUUGCUCGUAUUCGCGGGCUUCUUUUACACUCGGAAAAACACUUGUAUGUAGCACGUAUGGAGCAACAGAAACCAGUAUCGGGGAGUGUUUCUUUUUUAUGUUGCUCUGAAAUUUUCUCAUUGACACUAAUUAUCAUAUUUGAGAAGAUGGCUAACAUUAUAUUAUUUGCGAAGCUCAGUAAUUAAGACUAAUUAUAUGAUUAAGCGAAGUGAAAAAUAUAACUAAGCGACGGCAAACAUUACCUCGGUUCUGUUCAGCUACGUGGCAUGAUAUGACGAUGCACUCUAAUACGAUGCGACCAAAUGCAUGUUGCUGAUACUGUAUGGAGUAAGUCGCACUAUAUUUUAUUGUGUUUAAUUGCAUAAUUAGUCAAGAUUAAUUCACCAACCUAUGGAGCAGUGAAGUUAGGCAAGAUAUUCUAAUUAUAAAGCUGUAGGUCGGUUUGGAUAACGUCCGAUUAAACAGUUUCUAACUUGCUAUCUGUUAAGUAUUAGUUGUUUGUCGCUUAGUGCCGAUUUCCGCGAAAUACGAAAAAUUUGAAGGCCCAAUCCACUCUGUGAAAGCUGAAUCUAUUCUGUUCUAACGAAUGAAUUGGGUACGUCGUAAAUUGCCGUAAAUAACCAUUUAUUGCACAAUGGCAUUCACGACGGCUUUACCAUCGCGGUGGUAUGUACUGUUACGGUUGGCGUGUAACACCCCGGGCAAAAGGGAUGCUCAAAGACCCUGCUCAACCGAAACGGAGGAUGGUUUCUUAAUUUGCUAUGCUUGUCUCGAGUGGUUGCCGGCCUGGCGGGCGCCCCGAAGUGUUUACAGACCCCUUUGUGUGUGUGCGACCAAGGGGGGAACCCCUUUCACAAACUGCGCGACUCUAGGAACGACCCUUUCCGCGAACUGUCCGCUCUAUGGGAGGGCUUUCCGCGAACCAACGUCGCCUAAAAGAAAGGAUCAGCCGCUUUCGAUCCGGGACGUGCGGGUUUCUACCAGCGGAGGCAUACCCGAACAACGUCGCCUAUAAGAAAGGGUCGGCCGCCUACGAUCCCUGAUCCGCGGGUAGGCGCCAGCGGAGGAAUGCAAGUGAAAACGUCACCUGGGAGAAGGUAUCAGCCACUCAUCCACAACCAGAAUCAGUGCCUUUCACGUGACCUUGACGUGAGCGAAAUCCCGCUUACGAUUUUGGUGGUCUUACUUAAGGAACCCCGCAAUCUACUUUUUCAAUUCAUUCAUUCUUUUCUUCUUAUCUUUCACCAACCACUGAAUAAACAGUGCAAGUUUCGCACUAGAAAUCGCCUCGUCCUUGCAUGGUCGCCAUAGUCUACCGGAUGCCUGCAGCCCGUAGAAAACUGCACGCUACCCAAUAGUAACUCCGGUCGAGGUUCGAGAAACAGGCGUAGCAACAACACAGGUUUUUGGUUUUCAUAGUUGCCACGUUC